GGCUGCCUAUCCUCACAAGACCUAGCCGCCAAAGCGAAGCUCUCUCCGUCGACCAAACCUCCAUCCAGUCAUCCAAAUCACCACAAGCUCUGCCCGAAUCACCCAAAUCACCAGUCAUCCAUCGAUCGAAUCACCAUCGCCCAGAGGAGCCAGCUGUGACAAGGCAGGCGGAGCGUCGGAUAUUGCAUCGCCACCGAUCGCCAAGUCCUCCCCUUGGAGCGACAACAAGAAGCCACGAGUACGUUAGAUCUCGCUGAUUCUCGCCGAAAUACUACACUCUGGUGAGCCCAAUCGUGGCGGAGGGAAACCCUAGAUCGCCAGGAUGUCAAUGUCGAAGAGCUCGAAGAUGCUCCAGUACAUCAACUACCGGAUGCGGGUUACGAUUCAGGACGGCCGGCAGCUGGUCGGUAAGUUCAUGGCGUUCGACCGCCAUAUGAACCUCGUCCUCGGCGACUGCGAGGAGUUCCGCAAGCUCCCGCCGGCGAAGGGGAAGAAGAACAAUGAGGAGCGAGAGGACCGUCGCACUCUCGGUCUCGUCCUGCUCCGAGGCGAGGAAGUCGUGUCCAUGACCGUCGAAGGCCCCCCUCCUCCAGAAGAGUCGCGCGCUAAGUCGGUGGCUGCUAGUGCGAUUCCCGGUCCCGGAAUCGGUCGCGCGGCGGGGCGUGGAAUUCCGACGGCUCCUCUCAUCCAAGCCCAGCCUGGACUCGCCGGACCGGUUCGCGGAGUCGGUGGCCCUGCUCCUGGAAUGAUGCAGCCGCAAAUCUCGCGUCCUCCCGUCCCCAACAUGUCUGCUCCGCCGAUGAGUUACCCAGCUCCGCAACCGGGUGGCCCGCCGGUUAUCCGGCCACCGGGGCAGAUGCCACCUAUGCAGUACCCGGGACAAGGGCCGCCGAUGGGCCGUGGUCCUCCGCCGCAGGGUCCGCCUCAGUUUGCUCCCAGGCCACCGCAGCAGGGGUUCCCUAUGCCUCCACAGUUUGCGCAGAGACCGAUGGGAAUGCCUCCACCACAGGGUCCGCCUAUGAUGAGAGGGCCUCCUCCUCCUCCAAGACCUGGAAUGCAAGCCCCACCGCCGCCGCGCCCUGGCAUGCCGCCUCCUCCUGGUGGUGUGUUUGGACCCCCACGACCUGGCAUGCCCCCGCCUCCACCUAAUCAGCAGCAACAAAAUCAACAGCAAUGAUUAAAAUAUGUUGACAUGAAGCAGGAUCGUGUUUGUCAAGGAUGCUUUGGAAAAUCGGCAAGAGUGUAGAAGAGUGUCACUUCAGGCUCUCCGCGGAUUUUGGUGCCAUUUGAUGAUGAUGUUGCUGAGGGUUUCUGCUACUUAUUUGGAUGUUUGGUAGAGCUAUGAAAACUGUUCUGUGCAUCUUUGGUUGCGCAUUUUGUAAUGUGGAUUUCACAUCUUGUUAUACCAGUAGAGCUUGUUAAUGUGGAGCCUUAAAAGAUCUGCUGCUCGAGUAUGAAUGACCAACCUAAAUAUGUAGUGUCGACUGUCAGUUCUCCAGGCAAUUUUGUAAUACAUGGAAAGAACCGAACUACCUCGCUGCUAUUCGGAUUGCUUGGCAUGAAUUGAGUAAUGGUUUGGAAGUUCAUUCCUUAUUUUAGGUGGUGCUCGACCCACAAGGAUCCUGAU